UAAAGAUGAUUCCUUUCUUAUCCAUAUUUUCUCCUCUCUUGCUGGUUGUUGUUAACCCUGCAAAUGCCAAUGGUCAUUAUGACAAAAUUUUGGCUCAUAGCCGUAUCAGAGGCCGAGAUCAGGGCCCAAAUGUCUGUGCCCUUCAACAGAUUUUAGGCACCAAAAAGAAAUACUUCAGCACUUGUAGAAACUGGUAUCAAGGUGCCAUCUGUGGAAAGAAAACGACUGUGCUAUAUGAAUGUUGCCCUGGUUAUACGAGAAUGGAAGGAGUGAAAGGCUGCCCAGCAGUUUUGCCUAUUGACAAUGUUUAUGGUACUCUGGGCAUUGUGGGAGCCACCACAACACAACACUAUUCUGAUGUCUCAAAAUUGAGAGAAGAGAUCGAAGGAAAAGGAUCAUUCACUUACUUUGCACCAAGUAAUGAAGCUUGGAACAACUUGGAUUCUGAUAUCCGUAGAGGUUUGGAGAGCAAUGUAAAUGUUGAAUUAUUGAAUGCUUUACAUAGCCACAUGGUUAAUAAGCGAAUAUUAACCAAAGACUUAAAAAAUGGUAUGAUUGUUCCUUCGAUGUAUAACAAUUUGGGGCUUUUCAUUAACCAUUAUCCUAAUGGGGUUGUCACUGUUAAUUGUGCUCGAAUCAUCCAUGGGAACCAGAUUGCAACAAAUGGUGUUGUACAUGUCAUUGACCGUGUCCUUACACAAAUUGGUACCUCAAUUCAAGACUUCAUUGAAGCAGAAGAUGACCUCUCAUCUUUUAGGGCAGCAGCCAUCACAUCUGAUAUAUUGGAAGCCCUUGGAAGAGAUGGUCACUUCACACUCUUUGCCCCCACCAAUGAGGCCUUUGAGAAACUUCCACGAGGUGUCCUAGAAAGGAUCAUGGGAGACAAAGUGGCUUCUGAAGCUCUCAUGAAAUAUCACAUUUUAAACACUCUCCAGUGUUCUGAGGCCAUUACAGGAGGAGCAGUCUUUGAGACUCUGGAAGGAAACACAAUUGAGAUAGGAUGUGAUGGUGACAGCAUAACAGUAAAUGGAAUAAAAAUGGUGAACAAAAAAGAUAUUGUGACAAACAAUGGUGUUAUUCAUUUGAUUGAUCAGGUCCUAAUUCCUGAUUCUGCCAAACAAGUUAUUGAGCUUGCUGGAAAUCAACAAACCACUUUUGCAGACCUCAUAGCCCAGUUAGGUUUGGCAUCUGCUCUGAGGCCAGAUGGAGAAUAUACUUUGCUGGCACCUGUGAAUAAUGCAUUUUCUGAUGAUACUCUGAGCAUGGAUCAGCGCCUUCUUAAAUUAAUUCUGCAGAAUCAUAUAUUGAAAGUAAAAGUUGGACUUAAUGAGCUUUACAAUGGACAAAAACUUGAGACCAUUGGAGGCAAACAGCUCAGAGUCUUUGUGUAUCGAACAGCUGUCUGCAUUGAAAAUUCCUGCAUGGUGAGAGGAAGCAAGCAAGGGAGAAAUGGUGCUAUUCACAUAUUCCGAGAGAUCAUCAAACCAGCAGAGAAAUCCCUCCAUGAAAAGUUAAAACAAGAUAAACGCUUUAGCAUCUUCCUUAGCUUUCUAGAAGCUGCAGACUUGAAAGAGCUCUUAACACAACCUGGGGAUUGGACUUUAUUUGUUCCAACCAAUGAUGCCUUUAAGGGAAUGACUAAUGAAGAAAAGGAAAUUCUGAUUCGCAACAAAAAUGCUCUUCAAAACAUUAUCCUUUAUCACCUGACACCAGGAGUUUUCAUUGGAAAGGGGUUUGAACCUGGUGUUACUAACAUCCUAAAGACCAUACAAGGAAGCAAAAUCUAUCUGAAAGGAGUAAAUGACACACUUCUGGUAAAUGAAUUGAAAUCAAAAGAAUCUGACAUCAUGACAACAAAUGGUGUCAUUCAUGUUGUAGAUAAACUUCUCUAUCCAGCAGACACGCCUAUUGGAAGUGAUCAGCUGCUGAAAAUACUUAAUAAACUGAUCAAAUAUAUCCAAAUUAAGUUUGUUCGUGGUAGCACCUUCAAAGAAAUCCCCAUGACUGUCUAUAGACCCACAAUAACAAAGAUGAAAAUUGAAGGUGAACCUAAAUUCAGACUGAUUAACGAAGGUGAAACAGUAACUGAAAUAAUCCAUGGAGAGCCAAUUAUUAAAAAAUACACCAAAAUCAUUGAUGGAGCGCCUGUGGAAAUAACUGAAAAAGAGACAAGGGAAGAACGAAUCAUUACAGGUCCUGAAAUAAAAUAUACUAGGAUUACUACUGGUGGUAGAGAAACAGAAGAAACUCUGAAGAAAUUGUUGCAAGAAGAGGUCACCAAGGUCACCAAACUCAUUGAAGAUGGUGAUGAUCAUUUACUUGAAGAUGAAGAAAUUAAAAGACUCCUUCAGGGAGACACACCUGUGAGGAAGAUACAAGACAAUAAAAGAGUUCAAGGAUCUAGAAGACGAUCAAGAGAAGGUCGUUCUCAGUGAAAAUCCAGACAAGACGACAAAGUUUAUACAACCCUAAACCCUGACAUUAAAGAAUUAUUAUGAAAGCCACUUUGAUUUCAGGAAAUAAA